ACUGAAAAUAGUGAUUGUGUAAUGUAGAAAUGGGAAUUAUUCAGCAAAUACUCGGUACCGUGCUAAUUAGCUACCUUGGCGUGACCAUGGGUAUAAUGUACACGUGGCCGUCUUCUACGUUCCUUCUCUUCGCGUCUCCGAACACGACUCUCAACCGGCCGAUGACGAGCACGGAGCUCUCUCUGCUCGGGAGUCUCUCUUCCAUCGCCACUCUCAUCAUCACGCCGUUCACCAGCAGCGUGAUAGAUUACUUGGGAAGAAAGAAGUCGUUUCUACUGCUGGGAGUUAAUCAAGUGUUGACAUGGACUAUCCUAGCAAGCUGCGACCGAGUAGAAGCGGUGCUCGCCUCCAUGUUCAUAUCCGGAUGUAGCGGGUGUAUGAUGCUCGUCAUACCUAUGUACAUUUCGGAGAUCUGCAAGGAGAGUAUCCGAGGAUCGAUGACGUCAGCCGCCGUUAUAUCCUUGGGUAUAGGAAUGAUGCUGUCCUAUAUUUUCGGAGGUUACCUGGAGUAUCACGUAAUGAACUAUACGUGUCUGUCCCUGAGCGUGCUUGGGGUGGUGCUGCUGAUGAUGGUGAAGGAAUCGCCGCUGUUCCUACUCCAGAAAGGAUUUGAGAAGGAAGCACUAAGAUCUUUGGCAUUCUAUAGAGGAGAAAAAAUUACGUCGAAGGAAGUUAUUGAGGAGCUCGAAACUAUUAAGCGCACUCUUAAUGUCGCCUUAGACGAGCAAACGCCUGAGGAAGAAAAACUAAAAGCAGAUUUAGAUAAGCCAAGAGAAAAACUCUCGCGCUGGGCAUUCCUAAAGAAAUCCAAGUCCUCCCGUCGCGCGUUGCUCGUGGUGAUCAUGCUGUACACCGCCGCCAUCUUCCAGGGCCUGGUAGUGGUGCAGGUGUUCGCGGAGCCGCUGUUCACGGAGGCCACGCCCACCAUCUCCGCGACGCUGUCCAGCGUGCUUAUGGCGCUGCUCUCCACACUCGCCGGCUUCGUUGGCGCGUACUUAAUUGAACGAUACGGGAGACGGCACCUAAUGAUCUACGCGUCAUCAGCCACAGGUGCAUGCUGCGUGGUCCUGGGGGUGCAGAUCCAAGUGGGUUUCGGUCCGAGCUGGUUGACCACGGUGCUGCUAUACGUGUACUGUGUGUCCUACACCCUGGGCGCGGGAGUCGUGCCGUAUGUUAUCAAUGCUGAGGUGUUCUUGCCUGAGAUAAAAUCGUUCGCAUCAAUGAUCUGCAUGGAGUGGGCGUUUCUGUGUAACUUCGUCGUGCUGUUCAUAUUCAACCCUCUAGUCACUGCAGUCGGUCUCGGGAUCAUAUUCUACAUGUUCGCAGCGUUUUGUUUCCUGUCGAGCGUUUUUUGUUGGUUCUUCUUACCGGAGACCAAAGGAUUGGCCGUCGAUGUCAUACAACAGUCUUUUGUUAAUAAAUGUUACAAAUGAAGCACAA